AUGUGUGACGUACAUUACAAGCCACGUGUUGUGAUUCAAUUUUUAGUGAAAUCUGGCGAAAAAUCCUCGGAAAUCCUCCGAAAAUUGCAGGUUGUCUAUGGAGGCUAUAGCAUGUCAAAAACGCGUGUGUUUGAAUGGGCGAAGCGGUUCAAGGAAGAGCGUGAAUCGGUGGAAGACAAUCCACGUAAAGGAGCUCCCGUCACCUCUCGUACCGACGCGAAUGUUGAUCUUUUGCGUAUGUUGAUCACUUCUGACCGUCGCCUAAGCAUUCCUGGAUUGUCUUACGAGUUAAACUUCAACAAAGAAACGGUUCGCAAGAUGUUACACGAGAAUUUGAACAUGCGAAAGAUCUGCGCAAAGAUGGUGCCUAAAGUUCUCACCCACGAACAAAAACAAAUGCGGAAAUCGAUUUGCGAGGAUCUAUUAUCUCGCAUCCAAACGUUGCCUAGCCCCGAUAUUGCUCCCCGCGACUUUUUUCUAUUCCCCAAGAUGAAGUCGAACUUCAAGAGAACUAAUCAUGGCGGCGUACAGAAGGUCCAAGAAGCUCUAACCGUGUUGCUAAACGGGCUAACUUCGGAGGACUACCAAGGGUGCUUCCGAUCAUAG